CAAUCAGAUUGAAGAACACACAUGAAAGAGCUUCAGCAGCACGAGGCUCAGCACCAGUGUGUGAGAUGGAGACAUCAGGAGUCGCUCUCAUCGCUCUCGUGUGUGUUGUGUUCUCCAGUCAGAAGAAGAUCUCUGGAGCAGAAGUGGAGAUGAGAGUCAGACGAGGAGACGACGUCACUCUCUACUCCGACUGUGUUCGGAAAAGUGGAUUUAAUCCGGUGUGGUUUAGAAACUGCUCACAUCAGAAUCAACCUCGGUUCAUGAUUUCCAAUACGGAUUUAAUGAAUGAAGCUUUUACACAUUAUUCAUUUGUGUUUAAUGAAUCCACCAACACAUUCGACCUGCUGAUUAAGAACGUUACAGAAUCAGAUGAGGGUCUGUACUACUGCGCCAUACAUGAGACACAGGUUACAGAGACAAAUGGUGUUAUAAUCCGCAAUAAUGUUUAUCACUAUGGAAACAGAUCCACUCGUCUCUCUCUACUCGAAUCCUGUCCCAGUGUUACUGUAUCUCCAACCCCCCCGAUUCCGUGUGGAACACAGUGGAAGUUGGUGUUGAGUGUGUGUGUUGUGUGUGUUUUCAUCUCCUCACUCUUCUCCUCCAUCUGUGUGUACUGCCUCUGCACAAACACCACUAAAGGUACUAAAGCAGAAGUGGAGAAAGGAAGUGACAGAAGGUCAACUCUGAGACACCAUGAGGUUGAAGAAGAUGAGGUCUGUUAUGCCUCGUUGGACAUCCAGACCCUUAAGAAUAAGAGGAAGACGACAAGGAAGAAGAAAGUUCAGGACCCUGAUUUCAGCACGUAUUCCGAGGUCAGAACUGAGAGAAGUGAGAGAUGCUGAAAUGUUGUUAAUGACAUGUUUUAAUAAUGAAACAAUAAAAACAUUAACACAUAUAAACAUACAACUUUUUCCUUUUGUUGUACAUCCUGGUACUAACCACUUUCUAACUCCAGCCUAUCACAGCACAGCUUUUCACAGGG